AUGGAUUCUUCGCCACCCGUCGCGCGUAUUUCUGUAGUGGACAGUGAUCUCAAUGGUCACCCGGUCUGCAGACACGGACCAACUCUUCUGUUGCAAGAGAUGAGCCCAAAGACUAACCGAAGAUAUUAUUGUUGUUCUUCGUGUCGGAACAGAAAAGACUGCGAUUUCUAUAUGUCUUCAGAGGAAUGGAUUCAAAUACAAACCAAUCCUAAACUCAAAGCUAAAUAUUUGAGAAAACUCGUGGACAUGAAGUCACAAUCCGAUGACAAUCGCAAAUACAUUGCCACCAAAUGUCUCAAACAAAUGGCAGACAAUGGGAUCAAGUUUUGUCGCAAUUGUUCGCUAAUUAUCUCAUCAGUCAAUGAAUUGUCUGAUCACAAGAGCCACGAAGUGUUGAGUGGAAUAACUGGCAGACAAUUACGCGAACCAACGAAACUGAUGAACAACAAAACUCUUGAGUUUAUAGUUAAUGAUAUACUCGCGAAGAAUGGGUUCCAAAGUGUGUUCACGAGUACAUUUCGUGUCGGAAAGUGA